UUUCGAGAUGAUACGGAACUAUAGGCUUUAGGCCCUAAUAAUUAGGCCCAUAAAGCCGUAGAAAUUUUCAGAUACCAUCAGCCAUCAGUAGUUAAACGUUUUUAAUAUAUGACAUUAACAUAAUAUAUUAAAUACACUGGAAAUGUUGUAAUAAUUUGAGGAAAAUGGCUGGAAGCUCCUCUAUUUUUUUUUUUUUUAAAUUACAAUACCGUGCAAUCAUAUGUGAAUUUCAAAUUCGUUCAUCGUCCGAUAUUUGUAAACCUGUACAGAACAUUAGCCAACAACAAGAGUUGUCUGCUCAGUCUGCUCUUUGUUUUGAUGAACAUUACCCUUUUCAUUUCACGUGUUCAUCAAAUCUACUUUAAACAAUGUCCUCUCUUCAAUAUGAAGGAUGCAAUUAUUUCCGCAUGAGACUGAUAUUAUCUACAUUAAGUGGCAAAAGUAUUAAAAUUUCACAUAUUCGACCAGAAGAGGAUGACCCAGGUCUCAAAGGUACUCAAAAUAUGUUAAAGUUGACGAUUUAUUAUAUUUUAUAUAUAAUAUUAUAUCAUAAUAAAAAGUGGUACAAAAAUUUAAAAAAAAUAUUAAAGUUAUUGUUAUGAAUGAGUUAUAUAGACUAUUGAGAGCAGAUUUCGGCUAAUUUGGAGAGAUAGCAUGCUGACGUCAUUUGCGUGUUUUGUCCCUGGUUCCGAUAGGCUCAAAACCCUGGUUCCGAUAUGGUCAAAACCCAGGUUAGAGAUAGAUUUAGGCAUUUUAGGGUUCAGGUUAGGUUUAGGGAUAGAUUUAGGACAUAAGUAUAAGUUGGCGGGUUGCGGCAACCAAGAUCGCAGCCACUGUGCUAUCUCUCCAAAUUUACCCACAUUUCAAAUAAAAAAAAUUAAACCAGAAUCAACUUUCUAGCUUUAUUUACUACUUUUUGAGCUAUGAAUUUCAAUUUCUAAAGUGCGAGUUUGGUAUUUUUACUAUUGGCAAUAUAGUAUUGCUAUGGUCCUAUGGUCACUAAGGACUCCACAUUUUGUGACCCCAUUCCACUUAUCGAGUCAUUAAAAGCAUUUCCAUUUGUUUGGAUCAAUAAAAGAAUCUUAUCUUAUCUUGUUUUAGCAGACAUGUGUUUUUUUACACGACUGUGGAAAACAUCAUUACACAUAAAUUUACCCAAUAAUGCUUCCUCCCACACAUAAUUGAUGGGAUGAAUCAUUGAAUAUAUGUAACCUUAUCAUUUGCUGUGGCCAAAAAAAAAAGUAUUUAUUAUAAAAGGUAUGUUGUUUAAAUUCUAGCCUUAGCAGUCUUUGAGCUAUGAAUUGAAAAUACUAUAUGAAUUCAUUAGGUUUAUAAAACUAUUAAUGCAAUGAUAACUAAAUAAUUAUGAAUGUUAUUGUACCAGUAUUAUGGAAUGCACCACCUCAUUUUAUGACCCUAUUCUGUUUUACAUAAUACUGCUGUUACAUCAAUACAGUAACAAAAAAUUUUUAAAUUGCUUCAAUACUUGUUAAUGUAUGCCUUUGUUUAAUAAAGAAUGUGCAUUUUUUAAAGCAAAUUAAUGGAUUCAUCAUUACAUUAUUUAACAGACUCUUAGCGGUAUGACCCACUAGAUAUCUGUCGUAGGUCACAACUGAAGUCAAGUCCAUAUCCCACUAAUUCAAUUAUAUUUUUAAAAAUAUUAACCAAUGAACGUUCAUUAUUCACUCAGUUUCCUUUGAUAUUGACCUUUUUGUUUUACAUAUUAUCAUUACACGCAGAUGGAUCAUUAUGAUAUUACUGCCAAUAAACAAAAAUUAGUGCAGAGUGCAAAAUUAAGCAUAGCAACUUUAUUGUUGGCUAAUGCUCAGAUAUUUAAUAUGCGAGAACCCAAAAGAAGAGAGAGGAGAAAACUGUGCAGCCUCGUUGCAUAUUUUUAAAGAUACUGUUACUGCACAAGAAAAUUACAGACAUAUAUUUUGAUAGAUAUUGUUUGUAAUCUGGUUACAAUGGCAUGUUGUUAUUAAAGGGGCAGAAACAGGAAGUGUCAAUUGUCUUGACCACCGGAAAUUAAGGCCAGCACAUUGCUAAAAGUGCUGUCUUUACAUUGGUUGAAAAGAGAAGUACAGUCAGUAUGGUGUGCCAUUCAUUUCCUUCAUGUCACCAUUUCAUGGUUCAUUUCCUUUCCAAUACAAAAAUAAUGGGGAGGAACUUAAAAAUAACUUGAAAAAAUUGAAAUUUCCUCUUGCACUUCUUUUAUGCUGCUAUUGCGAAAAAAUCUGCCAAUGCAAUCGUGUGUGAUAGUAAUCCUGUUAUGCUGACGAAAUUAAUAGUUUUUAUUGUAUUUUGUGAUUGGUUUUACUUAUAUAUAUAUGUUUCUUAUUUAUUGAAUGAAUCUUUUCUUCAAUCCUCUUUUUAGACUUUGAAAUAAGCUUUAUUCGUUUGUUAGACAAGGUGACCAAUGGCUCUAAAACAGUUAUAAAUGAAACAGGUAAAGUAAAUAAGAGCAAAUUGUUGACUUUUUAAAAAAGUUUAACCAGACGCUAAGGCUUAAUUUUUUAAAUUUUUAAGAAUUUUUGUGAAAAAUUUUUAUUGAUGAAUUAAUGAAGAUCAUUUAUUUGUAGGAUUGCACAACUUAAAUUGUUUUUAAUACCUAAAAAAUAUUUUCUUUUAGAUUUUAAUUCCAUUCAUUAUAGGUACACAAAUUGUAUACAGACCUGGCCUUUUAUUAGGUGGUAUUCUAGAACAUGAAUGCCAUUUAUCUCGGCCAAUCGGUUAUUAUUUGGAGAUGCUAAUGUGCUUGGCACCGUUUACAAAAGAGCCCUUAAAAGCUGUUUUAAAAGGUGUCACAUGUGACAAAGAUGAUCCUUCAGUAAGCAUUUACUUGUCUCUGUGCUAUUAACAUUUUCUGAUAAAUUAUUUUACUGAUAUGGUGUAAUUUUAUUUGAAAGUGUAAGUGGGUUCUCUAAUCCAAAUUUUAUUUAGGCAGUUGUAUUUAGCAAAACAUUUUGUAACCCAAUGGAAUACUUCCAUUUCAUAUUGUGAUGCAUUCAAUGUAAAUUAAUUUGCUCUUGAAACUAAUGUAAAAUUACUUUGAACAUUUACAGGUGGACUUAUUGAAGCUGUCAGUGUUUCCAGUUUUAAAAAGAUUCAUUGGUACUGAUGAAGGUCUUGAACUUAAGGUAAUAAUCAUCUUCAAAGAUAUUAUUUUGAUCUCAGUAUAAAGCUCACUACAUACUUAGGAUUUUAAAAAAUAACAAUCAAUAAAGUUAUAAAAUCUAUCAGUGUUUUUAUAAUUUGCAUUAGCUUAAGAUUAUGCUUGCUGCAUACUAAACUUGUAAUGAUGCAAGUGUGAUUUCUUAAAUGCCUCCUUUAUAUAUUUUCUUUUUUCCAUAUGCAGAUUAAUAAAAGAGGUGCAGCACCCGAAGGUGGCGGUGAAGUUCUUUUUACUUGUCCCUGUAGACAGAAGCUGAGACCCAUUAAAUUUACACAGCCUGGAAAGAUAAAGCGCAUUAGAGGUGUUGCGUAUCUUUUUAUAUAAAUACUGAUAAAGUGAUCGGUGAAAAUUUAUUUAUAAUCUCACAUCUUAUUUUAUGCAAUUAUUUGAUUGUCAAUGUACAUCAUUAGAGAGAUCAUAAACUCACAUAUUUUAUUUAAUUUGCUGAUUAUAAGCGCACUGUUCCUAAUAGCAUCGAUUUUGUUUUUACAUUUGUGGUCUUUACGUAUUUUACAUAAUGGAUCAUCUAUAAAAAUAAUUAUGGGGAAUAUUUAUGUUUUCCUACCCCACUCCAUGUUGCAGCCCCCUAAACUUAUCCACCAGCCUUGACUUAGAUGUUAGACUGAAGUAUGUAUUUAUAUACCAAUUGUAAGGUUUAAGAUUAAUUUUCUGAAGUAAUAACUUUUCAAGGACCAUAGUCAAUUACAACAGUAGUUAAGCUUAUUCUUGACUGAACUGUCCAUUUUUAUUUUGACUGGUUCUAAUCAAAAAUCAUAUUUCAUUGCUUUUUAAAAAUUGUAAUCUUUGUUUAAAAUAUGUACUACAUAACUUCAGAUAUUUGAGGAAUAUAAAAUUUGUAAAUAAUAUUAAUAAGGCCAAUAAAUUAAAUAUGACAUUUUGCAAAAAAAAGCACAAGAUCUAUGUUUAAUCCUUGACCAUUAUAAAAGAUGGGCUGUGCGUGUUUCUCCUGCAUUUGUGAAUCGUCUAGUUGAUUCUGCUCGUGGUGUCCUAAACAGAUUUUUAACAGACAUUUACAUUUAUACAGACCAUAUGAAAGGAAGCCAGUCUGGAAAGUAGGUCCAAACUUUCACAAGUUAUUUAUUAAGCUUCUUGCAAUAAAAACAAUUAAAAAGAAGGAGCUAUUUAUGUAAUUGUGUUUAUUUCAUAUCAUACAGAAGAUUAACACUGCUCCCCUAAAUUUUUAUUGGGAUCAAAAACAUCAUUGAGACACAAUGGGGGGGGGGGGGUUGCUAAAAGUUUGUGAGAAAAAAGAUAAGCAAAAAGAUCAUAGAGAAGUGAGUUGCUUCCUGUGAUAUAAAGCAUUCAGGCUUGAUGUUACAUGCAGCCAAUGGUAUAAAGAAUACAACUUUAUGGAUCCUUUUACUUAUUCAAAGCUAGCAGUUUUCCAGCCUUUAACAUACAGAAGAUUAACACUGCUCCCCUAAAUUUUUAUUGGGAUCAAAAACAUCAUUGAGACACAAUGGGGGGGGGGGGUUGCUAAAAGUUUGUGAGAAAAAAGAUAAGCAACAAGAUCAUAGAGAAGUGAGUUGCUUCCUGUGAUAUAAAGCAUUCAGGCUUGAUGUUACAUGCAGCCAAUGGUAUAAAGAAUACAACUUUAUGGAUCCGUUUACUUAUUCAAAGCUAGCAGUUUGCCAGCCUUUAUCUAUAUGUAAAUAACCAGAUUGGGUUAUUAACCCUGAACCCCUUAUGCCAGUAGCUACAAUAUUAUUUGCUAUUGCUAUUUACUACACUUCUGCCUCUUCUUUAAAUAAGUCUUAAAAUUGUGGAUUAAUAGUUAAAAGACCUAUUUUAAAUAGAGAGUUAAAGGGAUUAUUUUAAAUGUUACAUUCUUAUAUUACCAGGUCUCCAGGGUUUGGCUUAACUUUAGUGGCAGAAACAACGGAAGGGGCAUUCCUGGCAGCUGAAGAAGUGAGCAGUUCCAGAGGUUCUGGUGAAUCCCCCACAGUUCCUGAGGAUCUUGGCAAAAGAGCAGCCAUGGCACUGCUCCAAGAAAUACAUAGGGUAGUUCAGCAGUUCUUCUUUAAUGCCAUAAUAGAGAUUUAUAGAGCAUUUAAUACUUGAUUAGAAGUAGAAGUAUUAGUUUGAAGAGUGCCGGUAAUAUAAUUACAAAGUAAUAAAAAAAAAAUUAAUGGUAACAACUGUGUUAUACUUUGCAUAGUAAUACUUGACUUUCUUCACUUAGGGUGGCUGUGUUGAUUCCACAAGUCAAAGUCUUGCUGCACUUAUGAUGGUUCUUGGACAACAGGAUGUGUCUAAACUUCAGACAGGGGAGCUAACACCAUACACGUAAGACAGCUGACAUUAACUUGAGUACCGGGUAGUGUUUGGGUUUUUUUGUGUAUUUUAUUCUUUAUUUUUUUUUUUCCCAUUUUAUUUAUAAACACUUGACUCUUUGUUCUCCUUGCAGCAUCCAGUUUCUACGACACAUUCGUGACUUUUUCCAAGUAACUUUUAGUAUUAAAGUGGACAAGAGACCAGUGGUACCUAGCACAGAUGAGAAUGAGGAAGAAGAGGAGCUGAAACUUGGUGCAGACAAAUUAAUCUUGACUUGUGUUGGUGUGGGCUAUGCUAAUGUCAGCAAGCCUAUCAGAUAAGACAACAACAGGAGGGGGUCAUGCUGUACAGAAGAAAUAAAUUGUAUGCACUUCAAAAAAUUGGGAGUUGUGUUUAUUUGAAAGCCUAAUUUACUGUUGUAAUUAUUUUAAUGAAAACUAUACAAUUAUUCGAAGUCAAUCUUCUCUAAAUUGAAAAAAAAAUUAAUUAA